UAUUUUGUAUUCAUCGAGAGUAUAAUUAUAAUCGGUCAAAGGCAUCGAAGCAAGGCUUUCGACAAGGAGAUAAGGGGCAAGUCUGAUAAAAACUCUGGCCGACGCGAAAACUGACGGAGUGCGAACGAACCAUGUCCGACGCAGAAGUUGAGGUUGAGGUUGACAACAACAAGAUGAGUUUUGGAAAGUCGGCAGGCAACGGAGACGUAGGAGACGCCUGGGGACUAGGGAGCAGCUCGAAUCGGAUCGUGCAAGCUAUGGCUCCGACUGCCAAAAAUGAUUUCUACUACAAAAUGACGCACAAGCGGCGUGGAAGAGCGAUUAUCUUCAACCACGAGCAUUUCAACCAGCCGAAUCUGUCCAUUCGAAACGGAACCAACGUGGACGCUGAGAACUUGAGGGAAACGUUCGAGGGGCUCGGCUUUGACGUCACCGUGCACAAGGACCCGCUUCUCAGCGACAUCGAAUACGUUAUUAAUAAAGCCGCCAAAGAAAACCACUCUGAAGCAGACUGCAUCGCCGUGAUCGUGCUCUCACACGGCGAGGACAAAAUUCUCUAUGCUAGAGACGCCGAGUACAAGCCUGAGAUGCUGUGGAACGCCUUCACAGCUGACAAGUGCCCAACCCUGGCUGGGAAGCCAAAAUUGUUUUUCAUCCAAGCGUGCCAAGGAGACCGGUUGGACCGAGGCGUAGCGAUGAGCACUGAAUAUGAUGGGCAAAAAUCCGGCAUUGUCUACAAAAUCCCUGUCUACGCAGAUUUUUUGAUCUCAUUCUCUACUGUGCCAGGUUACUACUCGUGGCGCAACGUGAACAAAGGGUCGUGGUUCAUGCAAGCUUUGUGCGAGAUUCUGCGUCGCAGUGGCACCUCCCUUGAUCUCCUCACCCUGAUGACCCUGGUAUCGCAGAAGGUGGCCGUGGGCUUCGAGUCGUCGUCGAGCGACCCGACCAUGCACGGAAACAAGCAAAUCCCCAGCACGACCACGAUGCUCACCAGAAUGCUCAUUUUCACGCAGAAACAUAUCUGAAUUGUAUAUGUAAUAUGUAUGUGACGGAGGUGCAAUUUUCACACUUUCUGCUUUCAAAAUGCUAUUUUUUGAUGGAUUUCAAUUUAUAACUCUUUACUGGCGCACGCGUAAAGCAUUUACAAACAAAGCUGUCUGAAACAUUCUUAUUACAUAAUAUUUUUGUGCUAUUCCAGACCAGGUAUUUACCAAUCAAUUCUCAAGACUUAACAAAAAAUUGAACUGUACCUUAUACGAUUCGUAAUAGUAAAGUAUCAUCAAUCUGA